AUGCCUAACCAACAGCCCCUCAGCCCACUCAUCCCCAGAAGCGUUCCCCAGACUACCAUACCCAACAUUGUACCUCAUCACCUUCACCAUCACACUUCCUUCCGCCAUACAGGAGGCAAGAACUCAUCUCCUCGCGCCAUGCAAAACCGCUUACCUCCACUCAUGCUCACCGGCGCGUCUCCACGGCUUUCAACCCUGGAACCCUCUACCACCACAACAAGCCCUCCCCCCUCCUUUCCAUCUCCCUCCUCCACUUCCUCCGACCCUCUGGCGGACAUUGUCAGGUCCACACCCAAUCAACAGGCCCUUACAGAAGAACAAACCUUGAAGCUCUGGCACAAAGUCCUAGUCAAGAUCUACCCACCAAACGGCGAGUUCGCUCACGAUCUCCGCACCGCUGAGAUCAACGGUACGCGUAUCGUUUACUGCCUUGUCAAACAGAACAUCUGGCCCAGUCCUGGGACCGAACCAGUUUCUUCUCCAAUGGCUAUCAUCUUGUGCAAGGAGGCUGAGGAGUACCAUCGCGAGGGUACUUGGGAUCGGACUUCAAGUCAACUGGGGCAGCUAAGUAAGUGUCCAGGACAGCCUUGGUGCGCUGUGGCGUAUGGGACCAGGUUGGUGUGCAUGUAUAGGCGUACCCAAAAACUCGAGGGGUUUGAGAUGUUUAGGAUGGGAAGUUGGAUGUUUGAUGUUGGGAUUUGGAAUGGAAGAGCGUUGUUGAAGCAGCUUUUGGAUGAUUUCAAGUUUGGGAAGUGGAAGGCUAUGAAUAAAGGGAGGGGGCCGAACCUUCGGGGACUUUAG